AAAUGGUUGGCUUAGCCCCAAACCCAAGUCGUAACGGUGUUUUUUGGCCACACCUAGAAAAAAGAAAAAAAAGAAAAGAAAAAGAACGGUUUCCCAAUUUUUUUAACAUUGGCAUUUAUCUGCUCUACUUACCGCGUCGGCUAUCUCGACUGGGGCUGACAACGAUAACAUGCCCCAAUGCCAAACCAUCGCCUUUGAUGCAUCCGCACCGGAGGCGUCUGCAGCCGACGAAGCUCCGUACACUCACCAUUGACUCCGCCGCCGCCAUGGUUCCAGAAUCCGUGGUACUCAUCCGCCGGUUCCUCUUGUUUGUGGCGGUUUGCCUCUCGUGCUUGCUCCUCUACAACGACUCCAAUGCCCUGCGCUUUCUCCCUCGCUUCUCUUCGUCUCCCUCUGUUCUCUUCUCCGCCUACAAUUCCGCCCUCCGGGGAACAUAGGCUUCAAAAGGUUUUAAAGGAUGCUGCCAUGGAAGACGGAACUGUGAUUUUAACAACUUUGAAUGAAGCAUGGGCAGCUCCCAAUUCAAUCAUCGAUCUCUUCCUCGAGAGCUUUAAGAUUGGAGUUGGCACCCACAGGCUCCUGAACCAUUUGGUGAUCAUUGCCUUGGAUCAAAAGGCAUUUCAGCGUUGUUUGGAGCUGCAUACCCAUUGUUUUGCUCUUAUCACUCAAGGGGUUGAUUUUCGUCGGGAGGCUUAUUUUAUGACCCCUCACUACUUGAAGAUGAUGUGGGCAAGGAUUGAUUUUCUGCGCUCUGUUCUUGAGAUGGGCUACAAUUUUGUUUUCACGGAUGCUGAUGUUAUGUGGUUUAGGGAUCCAUUUCCACAGUUUUAUAUGGAUGCUGAUUUCCAGAUCGCAUGUGACCAUUUCUUAGGCAACUCAGAUGAUUUAGAGAACAGACCCAACGGAGGGUUUAACUAUGUAAAGUCCAAUAACAGGUCAAUAGAGUUCUACAAAUUUUGGUAUUCCUCACGGGAAACCUACCCUGGAUUUCAUGAUCAGGAUGUCCUCAAUAUAAUCAAGUUUCAUCCUUCCACCUUUACUAUUGGACUGAGAAUGAAAUUUUUGGAUACUGCUUACUUUGGUGGAUUUUGUGAACCUAGUAAAGAUUUUAAUCAAGUUUGUACAAUGCAUGCAAAUUGUUGCUAUGGUCUAGAUAGCAAGCUUCAUGACCUUCGAAUCAUGCUUCAGAAUUGGAAGCAGUUUAUGUCCCUGCGACCAAAUUUGAAGAAAUAUUUUAUCUUACCAUGGGGGGUUCCGCAGAAUUGCAGCCUUGAUUCUCUCCGUCACUAUGAUGCACCGGAGAGCAAUAAUCCGCAUGAUUUGCAAGACUGAAUGGAGCUGUAUGAGUUCUGAAGCCUCUGCCACACAGGUGGUUUCCAGGUUUGAAUGCCAAGGACAUUCGCGGGGAUAAACCUUCUUCGAUGAUAGAAAAUUGUAUUGGUUGGGGGUAAAGGACCAGAGAGAGCCCCAAGGGGGGAAGUGAUCAUAAACCAGACAUGGUGGGGGUUGGAAAUACUUGUAAAGAGAACAGAACCUGGCAUUGGGUCCCUUAGCACUGCUAGGAUUCGCAAAGAAUUUGUAGGUAUCAUUUAGACCAAU